AUGUCAUCCUGCAGCAAAAUCCGCCAUAUUGUUAAGCUCCGCCAAAUGCUGCAACGUUGGAGGAAGAAGGCCGCUACAACAUCGUCCCGUAGGCACGUCCCGAGCGACGUGCCUACGGGUCACGUAGCGGUCACAGUAGGCCCCAAUUGCAAGAGAUUUAUCGUCCGUGCCACUUAUUUAAACCAUCCAAUGUUCAAAAAAUUGUUGUCACAAACAGAGGAAGAGUACGGUUUUACUAACUCUGGCCCAUUAGCCAUUCCUUGUGACGAAUAUUUAUUCGAAGAGUUGCUUCGUUACUUGGCUCGAUUCGACUAUGCUAACAACAACAAUAAUAUCAUGAAAUAUUUCGAAGAUUUUCAAAGAUAUUGUCACAUGGAUAUUCGAAGUGAUAUUGAUUUUUGGGGCGAUUCUAGACCACUUUUGCAUAAUAAAUCUAUAUGGUAA